AUUUUUACCUCAGACCUUUAUUAUGAAAAUGAGUUUGAAGACGGAAGUAUGUAUGUGUAUAUUUGAGACGCUGAGACCAUGCACCGUUGAACGAGCUCGUCUGUCAUACAGAAGACAGCUCAGAUAUUGGGGGGAAGUAUGUCGACCUUGUCAUUGCCUCUUUCAAAUCUCGUCAGAAAUAAAGACAGCUUCAAAAGACUUAUCACAAACUUUAAGUAUCUGCACACAAAAAGCAGAAGAUGUUUGGUCGACAGCGGAUCGCCGUGGAUGUUUGGUGCGCGGGGACGGAAAUCUGGUCUCGUGUCCCAGAGGCUGAGCUCAAUGAGAGAAGUGACAGCAACGAACAUGUGCACAAACUCCAGUGACGACAAGAUCAGCUGGCUCUGGUCUGUUUACAAUGAAACUAAAAAGCAAACGGAAGAUUUAGUACCAGUGAUAUCAAACAACUUUGUCAAUCCAGACACAAUCUUUGCCAAUAAUGAGAUGAGCCUGCAGGACAUUGAGAUCUAUGGUUUUGAUUAUGACUACACACUGGCUUUCUACUCCAGUCACCUUCACACCAUCAUUUUCAACAUCGCUCGGGAUAUUCUUAUACAGGAGCACAGGUAUCCUGAAGGAUUGAGGGAAUAUGAAUACAUCCCAAAUUUCGUGAUCCGUGGUCUGCACUAUGACGUUCAAAAGGCCUUACUAAUGAAGAUAGAUGCCUUUCAUUAUAUCCAACUGGGUACAGUAUACAGGGGUCUUAAUCCUGUGCCAGAUAAGGAGGUCAUUGCAAUGUACGAGGGCUCUCAUGUACCCCUUGAAAUCAUGAGUGACUUUUAUGGCAAGAGUUCUCAUGGUCACACAAUGAAGCAGUUCAUGGAUAUCUUCUCCCUUCCAGAGAUGUCGCUUCUCUCUUGCGUGAAUGACUAUUUCAUGAAGCACAAUAUCGAUUACGAGCCUGUUCAUCUCUAUAAAGAUGUCAAGGAGGCUAUAGGAGACGUUCACAUCAGAGGCCUUAUGUAUCGAGCAGUAGAAGCAGAUAUCGAGAAAUACAUAUGUUACGGUGAACAGACGCAUGCUGUUUUACGGAAGCUCUCCAGAAACGGAAAGAAGAUGUUUUUGAUCACCAACAGCCCCUUUGAUUUCGUAGAUCGAGGGAUGAACUACAUAGUUGGCAAAGACUGGCGAGACCUGUUUGAUGUUGUCAUUGUGCAGGCUGACAAGCCAAGUUUUUUCAACGACAGGAGAAAGCCAUUCAGACGAGUUACUGAUAAAGGCGUGUUGUUAUGGGACAGGAUUCACCACCUUGAGAAAGGGCAGAUCUAUAAACAGGGAAACCUGUAUGAGUUUUUACGGCUUACGGGCUGGAGGGGCUCCAAGGUCUUGUACUUUGGAGAUCACAUUUACAGUGACCUUGCUGACCUGACCCUAAAGCACGGUUGGAGAACAGGAGCCAUCAUUCCUGAGCUACGUAAAGAGAUCAAAAUGAUGAACACAGAGGAAUAUGUCCACACUAUGACCUGGUUGCAGGCCUUGACCGGACUACUCGAACAAAUGCAGGUGCACAGAGACUCUGCGUCACAAACGGUGAUUCAGCAGUGGAUCAAUGAACGGGAGGAUAUGAGGUUGCGGGCUAAAGGCGUCUUCAACGCCCAGUUCGGGAGUCUUUUCCGUACGUACCACAACCCGACCUACUUCUCGCGUCGACUCUCAAGGUUCGCCGAUAUCUACAUGGCUUCCCUCAGCUGUCUGUUAAACUACGAUCUCCAGCACACCUUCUACCCCAGACGCACGCCCCUGCAGCACGAGUCUCCUAUCUGGCCUGAGCAAACCACCACCGGAGCCAUGAACAUACAGAGCCACAGGAUAAAGACCGGAUCAGAGUAGAGAGGAUGUAAGACCGAUAUUAGUGUGUCUUUAGUGUUACUAAUGUAACGGUAUGUUAUAUUUCAUUGGAGAUCAAACUGAAAAUCUAUUAUUAACAUAAUUAAUAAUAGUGAAAUUCAACGAUAGUAGUGGUGUUGUGGGUUAGUUGUCCUCUGAUGCACAAAAAUAUGUGUAACAGCUGAAGUAUAAAAUGCUAUUAUAUAAUGGGGUAGGUUACAAAUUGCUUUAUUUUAUACAUUACUAUUGGUUUAACUAAAGAAAUUAAAGGCAUGUUUUGGGUGAACUAUAUCUUUAAAAAUGAAAUUUUGGUUUUAAACUCAGUGGCGGCAGGUGUCAUGUGUCUGGCUCGUCAUGUCAUAAUGGGAACCUAUGUGCGUCACAUGUCGUGUCAAAAUAUGUGCCUGUUGCAUAUGCGUCUAAUAAGUUCAUGAGUAUUUAGUAAAAGCGAACAUCCAUUUUAUCAUAAACGCUUACAAAGCGUCUGUAGCAGGCACGUAUUUUGACAUGAAUGCACAUAGGUUCACGUGACGCAGGGAACACAUAUUUUGUCAUUUUGUCACCCAUGACGAUGUUUUGAUGAAUUUCGCAUUCGUGCGUCCUCUGAAAAGUAGCCACAAGCCACCACUGUUUAAACUAAAGGAAAGUGGAUGAGACAAUGGGUCUCAUUCACUAAGCAUGCGUACGCACAAAUUUGUUAAUGAAAUAUGCGUUCGGACGUUUUAACUAACAAAUCGACAAAAAGAAAAUAUGUAUACAAAAUUUUUUUUUGAAUGUUUUCAAUAACGUAAGAACAACUUAAACCAUAAUCAUGAACAAGGAAAAAUAACCCUAUAAUAUUUAUCUGUGUUAUAUAUAUUUUUUCUUGUUCAUGAUUAUUGCGUAUGUGUGGUCUAAGUUGUUCUUAAAGGAAUAUUCAAUUUUCUUAAAAGAAAAAUCCAGAUAAUUUACUCACCACCAUGUCAUCCAAAAUGUUGAUGUCUUUCUUUGUUCAGUCGAGAAGAAAUUAUGUUUUUUGAGGAAAAAAGAACUAUAAACAAUCCCAAACGAGGCAUAAGGGUCUUAUCUAGCGAAACGAUUGUCAUUUUUGACAAGAAAAAUAAAAAAUAUGCUCUUUUAAACCACAACUUUUCGUCUAGGUCCGGUCCAGCGCAACCUAACGUAAAUGUGUAGUGACGUAGGGAGGUCACGUGUUACAUAUAUAAAACGCACAUUUGCGGACCAUUGUAAACAAUAAACUGACACAAAGACAUUAAUUAGUAUCAGUUGACAUACAACAAUGUCGGUACGGUCCUCUUUCAACACAUUUGUAAACACUGGGGUGGAGUUUCGCGUUCGUCCUCUGUGACCUCUUGACGUCAUGACGUAUUGCGUGGGGUCACGCUGACGCAUCACGACUGGAUCUAGACAAGAAGUUGUGGUUUAAAAGUGGAUAUUUUUUAUUUUUCUUGUCAAAAAUGACA